CGUACCGUACUACCAGUUGUCUGAGUGGGUUUACCUGUGGGCGUUGACCUAGUAGGUAGAAAAAUCUCACAUCCAGUGGUCAAACUCUGCCGAUUUCUGGCGGUCAAGCGGUCAUCCAAGGUCAUCUCCUACCACUGAUCUGAUCUCAGAGUUGCCGCGGUCAUUUCUGGUCGACUGAGAAGUUGAGGAAUUCGAAGCGAUGGCACCUCAGAGCAGCACAAUCAAGUUUGGUGGGAAGGGAACCGGGCCUGGAAAGUUCAACACUCCGCGAGGGGUUCUGGUGUCGUACGAUAAUGAAAUCUUCGUCAGCGACAUGGGCAACCGCCGUGUCCAGGUCUUCAACAUGGAAGGCGUGUUUCUCCGGGAGUUCCCGACUGUCGUGCCCAAGACAGCCCACGUCAUGAAGCCGUACGACAUCACGAUUGACGGAAGCGGCCAUCUUUGGGUGCUGGGUCGCGACGGGGCUGCGGAGUUCGUGGUCCAGUACAAUAAAGAGGGGAAGACGCAAGAGUCGGACGGAACUCCGACGAACAAGUUCAGCCUCCCACCGAGCGGACGUGCCCGCGGCAUCGGUCUCGACCGGAGCCGUCAGCACAUUCUCGUAACGGGGGGCGACGCAAGCAGCGCCGUAGUGAAGAUACUAGAGCACGAUGGGUCGCUGGUGCGAGAAUUCGGUCAGGAUGGCGUCCUCAAACAUCCAAGAGAUGUCACCGUCAACAAAGACGGUAACAUCCUGGUGUUAGACAAGGAUCCCAAAUUCGUCCACGUGUACGACAAGGAAGGGAAGCUGCAGAAUAGCUUCGGCAUCCCGGGCACGGGAGACGGGCAGAUGAAGGCACCGCGAAACAUCUGCCACGACAACGCCGGUAACAUCGUCGUCGCCGACUGGGGCAACCGCCGGGUCGAGAUGUUUACCAGCAAGGGAGAGCACAUGCGCCACGUCGGCAUACGUGACGGCAUGGGGCAGGUCCACGGCGUGGCAAUCGCGCCGGACGGGAAGGUGGUGGUGACGGAUUGGGUAAACCACGAGGUCACCAUCCUUCCCAACGACGAAGACGUCUCCUACCCUAUCAGAGAGAAGACCUCGACAGGAACCAGCCUCAUCAAGUUUGGCGGGAGGGGAUCGGGUCCCGGAAAGUUCGUCACUCCGCGUGGCGUCCUGGUCUCCUACGACAACGAGAUUUUCGUCACCGACAUGGGCAACAAGCGGGUCCAGGUCUUCGACAUGGAGGGGGUUUUCCGGCGGGAGUUCCCGACUGUUGUGCCGAAGACGGACACUGUCAUGAAGCCCUACGAUAUCACCAUCGACGGCGGCGGGCAGCUGUGGGUGCUGGGUCGGGAAGGCUCGGCGGAGUUUGUGGUCCAGUACACCAAGGAAGGCAGCACAAUUGUGUCCAACGGUCAGCCGACCAACAAGUUCAGUCUCCCGCCAGACGGGCGUGCCCGCGGCAUCGGGCUGGAUCGCCGCCGGCAGCACAUCCUCGUCACCGGGGGCGACGGCAGCGGCGCCAUCGUGAAAGUCCUGGAGCACGACGGCUCGCUGGUGCGAGAAUUCGGCCAAGACGGCGAGCUCGCACAUCCUCGCGAUCUCACGGUGAACAAGGACGGCACGAUCCUUGUCCUGGACCGCGACCCGGAGUUCGUCCACUUUUACGACGAGACCGGGAAGCUGCUGUCCAGCUUCGGAAGCCCGGGCACCGGCGACGGUCAGAUGAAGCACCCCCGAAACAUCUGCCACGACAACACGGGCAACAUCGUGGUCGCCGACUGGGGAAACCGCCGUAUCGAGAUGUUCACCCCCGAGGGGAAGCACAUGCACCACGUCGGCAUCAAGGACGGCAUGGGGGAGGUCCACGGCAUUGCUGUAGCUCCGGACGGGAAGGUAGUGUUGUCAGAUUGGGUGAAUGAUACCGUCACCAUCCUCCAGAAUUCCGAGGCUGUGUAACAAAUCAUGAUUCUAAAGAGCCAAGGGUUAAAUGUCUAUAUCCUUUUAUGUACGAAGGCCCAAAAGGACAGUCUUUGAAGCAUUGUGGAACCUCCGUCGCUGCAUCUGUAAAAGAGUUCGAGGUUGCAAAAAAAAGGUUCGCGAACAAAGUGUGUCCAUUUGUGCCUUCGUACUUAUGUAUCACAUUCUCUGUAGUUUGACAGAGUCAAUCCAUGCACUAGCACCAACAGUUUAGCUCUGGUGUUGUUAAAAUAACGGUCCGUGUACCAAAUAUAUAAAAUGUAGACAGUAAAGAUCUAGCUUAUCAGAAACAAGUUGCCAAUACAACAGGUUAUAUGGUGCGGUAUAGCUCCACAGGAAAUAACGCUUCUGUGUCAAAAUGUGAGUCAAUAGUAGAAGAAAGCGUACGUCGUGGAAA